CUGUCUGCCAGUAGAUCGUGAGUGUUGGUACGCGUUGGACGCGAAAAAUCGUCGACAAACGCUUCAACCCCGUGUUAGUACGCCUUUCAGUACAGGACAUACCGCACAUACGUCUCGUCGUCGGUCCCGCAGUUUCUAGUGUGCAAAGAGCGGAAAAAGUUGGAAAAUUAUCUUUUCGCCCAGCAGCAUUGGUGUCGACCCCGAAAAAGAAAGUUCACCGUAGUUUAGUUGAAGGAAAAAGGUCGCUGCGGACCCCACCCCGGAUGAGAGGAUAACUCCGUCACCGUCGGCGGCGGUGUUUUAUUGAGUAAAGUGAAAAGAUGAAUUUUAAGGCAUUACAAAAGCAGGUGGAAAACUGGAAGAUUUCGUACAGUAGAUGGUGUUCCCACCCACCAUUUGGUUAGCCGUCGCUAUUGCAUAAAAGGAUGUAUAACGAGUGUAUGUGUCCUCCCAUUGUCACAGCAGCGCUGCAGCUGCAAUAGUGUUAAGUGAGUAGUGUGAACCGGGUGAGCACUGGAAGGCAUCUCCUUUCGAACGCGUAUCACUCCUUUUCACCGACGGCAGUGUAAAGCGGGGCCACCUUUGUCGGGGCCAAGGGAUUGUGUGGCAGACAAAUACCCGGUGGAUACAGGAAGCACGGGCGAGGCCACUAGGCAAGUGUUUAGGUCACGACGUGCGAAUCCUCUCAAUUGGGGCCACUUUUUACAUCUCGUUGAUAGUGUUUGCUUGUGUGUCGAAGAACCACUAAUCCGAGCAGCAGCAGCAGCAUCAUUACCAUCAUCUUUUUUGGCGAUACAUCAUCAGCGGUUUUGCUUGUAGCAACAGCGCGAACGCAGUUUUCGUCGCAGACGAGCAGAGAAACAAACGGAAAAUUAAAAUACCAUUGAUCGUACAGGUGCAAGUGUCCUAGCUGUAUAGUGUGUGAAUCAAUGACGAGCCAAUUACGUUCGUGCUGUUUGCCGGAAAAUCGAAAGUGGAAAGUGGUUCUUCGAAAGGUCGGAAAUAACGGCAAUCUACGACCGAACGACUCUUGAGUUGUGUAUUUUGCGGAGCGUUGAUUGUGUGAUUGUGAUUUCUCAGAGUUUUAUGUGGCAGAAAAAAAUAGGAAAUAAUUAAACUACAGUUUUCGAUAUCGGAAUCUUAUUAAACCGAUCAGUUUACGCCACCCCACGGAAUGCUACACCACCCAAUUCGUUUGCAGAUAAAGGAAACUGAUUGUAUUAUAAAUUGAAACGAGUUCUUCAGUGAAAGCUUGACGAAUGGAAAAGGCUAGAUUGUGAAGUACGUAAUGGAAUAUUUAUAGAAAAAAGAAACAACUACAGCAUAAAAAUCGUCCCCCGAUUUACAACACUGGUGCCUCCUACGCUUGGUAAACCUAUCGUGGCUUUUAAAAGAAAUUACGCGUGAGAUUGAAAGUGAAAAGUGGUUUCCCGGCCGCCACCUCGGAGGAAAAGUUUCCCGAUCUCAUCAAGACUUUGUCACCAGUGUCAGGCAGUGGAUCGGCGUCUACAGCCAGUUGUGCGGUGCGAAACUCAGAACGUGAUUGGAUAGAAUUUUAAACUUCAACCCAGCCCACGGCAGGAUUUCGAAAACCACAGCAAAAGGCAUCCUAUCAAAAUAUAUGACAGCAGCAAGAGGGCACCUCGUGGAAUGUCGAACACAGACAAAAUGUAAUUUCCCAAAAACAAUUUCGUUAAGUGAACCGAACUCGUAACAUUGUAGUGAGGGGCUUACGCUGAGCUCAAGUCGAGUGGAUAUAAUUCAAUAUUGUAAUCUGGCAAUAUCCACGGACUGGUCAAUUGCGCCUCGGCAAAGUAAAUAAUCAAACCAAAAGAAAAUAAGCUUCCGACUUCGACGGUCUAAAACUGCCGGAGAAAAAGAAAGAUACAAAGCUCUUAGCUAGUAAAAUCUGCGAAACAAACAGUGUCGACUAGGUGAAACAGUUACCGAAGCAAAAGGAUACCAGCCUGUGUAUUCCACACCUUCGUUUUGGGCAUACAAUCCGAGGCAAGCACUUGCUCUGUACAGCAUUGCCUGGUAUCAAUCUGUCAUUCGCGGUGCUCCUGCACAUUGUCCAGCACGGUACAAGCCGGAUCAGAGCGACAAACAAGUCGACCAGAAGGACAUCAUUCGACCUGACGAGCAGCUCAACAUGUCCCGGUCAACAGCAUCCUCUCAGAGAAGACACAGAUCAAGGUCCACCUCGCGCUACGCCGACCUGGAGAAGCCAAAAAAGAAAAAGACACUUAGUUCCACCAGCCUAGUUUCCAUACCAAAUACCAUAAAGUUAAGCAUGUUAAAUAGCGGUUUAAUUUCAUUAGAUAAAGUUAAAAUUUCUGCCAGAGAUGAGAAGAAUCCGCUGUCGCAAACGAUGCCGGAUAAACCAACGGAGCUGCGGCACUUUGUCAAAUUGUGCGAGCAGCGGCGGAAGUUUCCCAUCCUAUACAAGCUCGAAUUCCAGACGGCUGUGAAGGUGGAGACCAACACGUGCAGGCACGCGGUGCGCAAAUCCAACGCCCACAAGAACCAAAAUCCCAAAUGCAUUCCAUACGACUACAACCGGGUCGUACUCGGCAAGUACGAAAACAUCCCAGAUACCGACUACGUAAACGCGUCCUAUGUCGAUAGUUUACUGAAACCAAAUGCAUACAUCGUAACGCAGGGACCAACGGAGGAGACAGUGUUAGACUUUUGGCGGAUGGUGUGGCAGGAGAACUGCAGUGCAAUUGUGAUGCUGACGAAAACUUUUGAUUUUACCAAAGUUAUGUGUGUUCAGUAUUGGCCACCGAACCGAGAGAAGGAGGAAAUCUACGGCGACGUUCACAUUACUGUGCAGUCUGAAGAAGAGCUUGCUAAUUUUCAUAUAAGAACGUUUAGGUUAUUCAAAGUGAACAAAGAAAAAGUGGUGACGGAGGAACGUUUCCUGCUGCAAUUUCACUACACUGAAUGGCAUUCACACACCUGCCCUUUCUCCAACGCCAUCCUCGAAUUUCGACGAAGAGUCCGCUCCGUUGUGGGGACAAUCAUCAAAGCGAAUAGCCAGGUUGGACCGAUGCUGGUGCAUUGCAACGACGGUGGCGGGCGAUCCGGGGUGUACUUGGCUAUCGAUGCCAACAUGGAACUGGCGGAGGAAGAGGACGCGUUUCACGUGUUUGGUUAUCUGAAAAAGUUGCGACAGUCGCGAAAGGGCCUUAUAGAAAAUGUGGACCAAUACAAGUUCGUAUACGAUACGCUCGAGGAGUUUGUGAUCUGUGGAAACUCGUGGUUCCCGGUGAAAGAGCUUUCACAGCGAUUGAAAGAGAAAAGCUUUAAGGAUCCAGUAACGAAGAUGAACGCCUACCAGAAGGAGUACGCGCAAAUCUGCAAACAGACGCCCCGGUUCACCAUCGGUGAUUGUGCCGGUGGACAUCGCGGUGACAAUCGAGACAAAAAUCGGGACGUCCUCUGUGUGCCACCUGAUAACUUCCGUCCUUACCUUACCUCGUUUCAGGGAAAUUCAUUUACCGAUUACAUUAAUGCCGUAUUUGUAGAUGGCUAUACUAAGCCUAGAGAGUAUAUAGUAACCGAGUGGCCCUUACAGAAAACUUGCGGUGAAUUUUGGUCCUUAGUGUACGAUCACGAGUGUUCCGCGAUCGUUGUUCUUUGCCAACCACCCCAAAACUCGCAACAAUAUCCCUCCUGCUGGCCCGAAGGGCGUCAUUCGAAGAAGUACGGUCCAGUAUUCACGAUCGAUCACAUCUCGCAUAAUCACUACGCCAACAUAAAAUCGUGGAUGUUCCGGAUCAACAAAAAGGUCAUAUCGCUGACGGAACUAAUGGCCGGCGUCAAAGCUCCUCCCAGAACGGUGCAACUUUUUCAACUGAUAUGUUGGCCAAUGGGACAUAAGGUGCCAACAUCGACAAACUCUCUAGUGGAACUAAUGAACAUGGUCGAACGAUGGAGGCAAAAAACGGACUACGGCCCAGUUUGUGUAGUUUCACCAGAUGGCCGUAGUCGAGCGGGGGUGUACUGUGCUGCGAAUGCGUGCAUCGAACAGGUCAUCCAGCAUGGCGAAGUGGACGUUUUUCAAGCGGUCAAGACGGUGCGAAGGCACCGGCCUCAGCUGGUGGAUAACAUGACUGAGUAUAAAUACUGCUAUGAUUUAGUUUUACACUACGUUCUACACUAUUUAAAUAAAGACUUGAAGGAAAAGAAGUGAGAAUGCGAUUUACACGAUGAUCUGUGGUUUAUUGAGUUUGGCCGCGGCAAAAGCAUACCACUGACGCCCGACAACUCUAAUGUGGAGCUCUCCAAAGAACUAUCGAACGCAGGUCGUGUAAUCGUGGAAAAAUCAAUCAGAAAAUUACAGCGAGGAGAGUCCUACGA